UUUGAAACAAUGGCGCACUAUCAGAACCAACACGGUGCAACACCCCAAGAAACAGAUCAGUUUGGAAACCCAAUUCAACAUGGCACUACCGGAGCCACUGGCUUCGGUACCGCCACAACCGGGUACGGGACUACUAACGAUACGUACACAGGAGGCCAGCAGCAACAGAAAAGAGGGAUGAUGGACAAGAUCAAAGACAAGAUUCCAGGGACUGGUGGGGCACGUAGGGCUGACGACCACUACUCAUCGCAUGCCCAUACCGGUAUUGGCACGACUGGAACUGGGUACGGGACUACUGCCGCCCCCUCCACCGGAGGGGAGUACCGUGAAAGGGGGUUGAUGGACAAGAUCAAGGACAAGAUUCCAGGGACUGGGGGCCGUACGGACCAUCCUACACCUUACGGUGGGACAACCUACACCGGAGAGCACCAGCAUGAGGGGAUUGCGGACAAGAUCAAGGACAAGAUUCCGGGGACUGGGCAUAGGGAUGAUGCCUACUCAUCACAUACGACCUCCACCACCGCACCAUACGGUGGAACCACCGGACAGCACCACUCCACCACCGGACAGCACCACUCCACCACAGCACCAUACGGUGGAACCACCGGACAGCACCACUCCACCACCGGACAGCACCACUCCACCACAGCACCAUACGGUGGAACCACCGGACAGCACCACUCCACCACCACACCAUACGGUGGAACCACCGGACAGCACCAUGAAAAGAAGGGCAUCAUGGACAAAAUCAAAGAAAAACUUCCCGGUGGACACCACUAAAUACAAAUAUACGCAUAUCUGUGAAUUCGUAUAUUUGAAUUAUAGGGCCUGUCAGUUGUUUUAAUAUGCUAAUAAUCGGUGCUUGGCGUGACUGUGUGAAC